AUGCUAAAACAUCUUUUGGUGGGUUUAAGUGUGGCACUUGUUGUGUACUGUACGGUAGAUACGAUCAAUACGAGUGUCUUGAAGAAGAUAUUGACCUACUCAGCAUGUCACACAAACUGUGAAGGCGAUCUACCAGAUUUGAUAUUAGAUCUGUUGGAGUUUGAAGACACUUACGAGAAGAUUAUGACCAUUUGUCAGUAAGUUAUUGGGUUGGUUUUUUAAUAUUUGGCUUUUGAAAAUUUAUAUUGUAGUAGGUAAGGGUCAGGACCGGGCGCGAGGGGGAGGGGGACGGGAGGGGUACCCCCCCCAGAAAAGAAUUUUCGAAAAAAUUAGAACGUGGUCCCCCUGUGGAUUUUAAGAAAAAAAUUUUCGCAAAAAAUCGGCACAGGUAGCUUGCCGAUUUUUUGGACCCCUGCCCUCAGACCAAAAGUCCUCGCCCGGCCCUGGUAAGGGUAUAAUCCGAUAGGAAAUAUCAUAACUUCUGUUUAAAUAUACAAAUCUAGCUGAAAUUUAGUAAACAAAUACCCUAUGUUAUAAAAAGUAAACUCUUGUCAUUAGAAGCUUAAAAUCUGUUCAAAAUUACUUGGCUUUCAAAGGUUAUAUUGUAGUAGGUCAAAAAGUUUAGGUAAAAAGUGCCUUAACUUUUGUUUAAACAGAGGUAUCUGACUGAAACUUGGCAUAAAGAAGAUUUGAAUUUAUUUCUAAAUUUAUAUUGUAGUAGGUCAAGACAAGGUCAGAUAAAACGUGUCAUAACUUUUGUAUAAAUGGAAGAGUUUAGCUGAAAUUUAACAGAAAGAUGACUGAUAGUAUAUCAACUAAACGCAUACUAUCAAAAGUGUAAAACUUAUUGUUGAAAAUUUUAAAAUUUGAAAUUUAGAAAAAUCAAAGGCGUCUCGGAAUGUUUGCAAGAGAAGAAAUGCGGCUUUGCCAAUCGGUUUGUCAUGAUUUAUGGUGGAUUCUACGAUCUUUGCACUUCCAAAAAGUUCAAUUACAUUACUGCAUACGAUCAAUGUCUUCAAGACAAUCUUGAUCAGGCUUUACAGGGUAAGUUUAGGCUUAUUUUUAGGUUAAAAAGAGCGUUUUGUGCCGUAAAAUAAAUAAUUUGGUAGCUUAAAAAUGUAAAAUAUCUAAAAAUUAAAAUAGAACAGCAAAGGUUCAAAAAUUUAGUCUACUGUAACAUUACAGAUGCUGAUAAUCAUUGCGAGUUCACCCAAGAAAUUGAAAGGUUCUCUCAUGAUCCGAUCGUGAUCAGCAAUGCUGGGAAAGGUGGUGCCACUUUCAUUCCACUGAUCAGUCGAACUGGUCCGUUAUGCACGUAUGUUUAAGUUUCAAGUUGAUAUGGUAGUAUUGGUUUUUCAAUUUUUUACUGUAUUCGUGGUUUAAAAUGAAAGGGUAGGGUAGUAAAGGGUAGGGAUAAAAAAGGCGGGGCAGGAGUGAAAGGGCAGGAGUAGGGAUAAACGAAUACAGUGUGGAGGGGUAGAAGAGAAGGGGUAAAGUGAACGGGUAAGGGUAGGGCUGAAAAGCAAGUGGUAGGCUGUAAAAUGGCAGAGGUAGGGCUGAAAGACAAAGGAGAAUAUAAUAAAAUAAAGGCUUUGUACUACACAUCCUGAUUAUAAGCAUUUUUUCGUUAUUAGUUAGAGAAAGACAGAAAAAACUUGUCCUCUCUUAUUAGCGCGCAACCCAAUCAAAAGACAAAUGAGCGUUCGUAUAGCUCAUAAAGCCAAUCCUUUCUGUUCGAACGUACUUUGGUGUGGCUGGACAAUAUUAAUUUUGGAAUGCUUGGCUGAAAAGCCGAGCUCAUUUUUUAAGUUAAAAAAAAAGUCUUUACAGCGUUCUUUUUUUAUAAACAAUGAUAUGUAUAUUGAUGACAUAAAUAAAAAUAAAUUUUACGUUUACAAUAGUAAAAGUUUUUACUACCGGCAGAUCAUCGCAAACCCAAUCAAAAAGCAAGUGAGCGUUUGCAUACCUAAACAAUCAAAUCUUUUACCUUCGAACAUAAAGUUCCGAACUAAGGUUGGUAACUGUUUCAGCUCACUUUUGUGUGGUUGGACAUUAGAUAAUUUUGGAAUGCUUGACUGAAAAGUUAGGCUAAUUUCUUUUAUCAAGUUCUACUUUUGAUCUUGUCAACUCUUCUACGAGGGCUUCUUUUUUUGCGCUGAGGUUGUUAUUAUGUUAUUUUCUACAUUAAAAAUGCUUACCCUUUUCCACACCUACCACUGCUUUUUUACCAUAAAUGCCUUUUCCCUUUCAUCCCAACCUUUAUUAGUAAUAUAGAUUCUACAGUUUGAAAUUAAAAAAUGAUGUUUUAGCUCCACAAUCUGCUUCCUCCCCAACUUCCAGCAGACUCUGGAUGCAGUCUGUCCAGUAGCUGGUAGUGUGAUGACCGCCGCCAUGAUGCGACCCUUUUACCAUGGUCUUAACUUUGUCAACAAUCUUGGUUCGGCGGUUGGAAGUACCAUUAAGCGGUCAGUCCCACCACAAUGUUAUCCACUCGGCAACAAGACCUUCUUAAAUAUGGUCAGAAAGCCGAGACAACAAUACUGA